UGGUCUCGAAUGAAAACACGCCAGUCGGUUGAUACCGACGCUGAAGGGAGUCUCUUGGUUCUUUCUCACCAUCAAGUGGAUUCGUGCUUCUACAAAAAAAAAAAAUUCGAGGAUUUCGUUCACAUGUUUUUGCAUCUUACGUCGGCAGUGUGUUUUAAACUGAAAUCAGUGUACCUUUAGAGUCAGGUAUACCUAGAACUCUCUAGAACGUUUUGUGAAGCCUUUCAAGCUUAGUGAAAACUACAAAUAAAAAAGGCUUAAUUGUAGAGUUCUUACAAUCAAAUGGGGUUUUUCGAUACAUUGGCGCAGUGGCUUGGAGUGAAAAAGCGUGAAGUAAAUGUACUUGUUGUAGGACUUGACAACUCCGGUAAGUCCACUAUAAUAAACCAUUUCAAACCAAAUGACGCGAAGAACCAUGACAUCGUACCUACAGUGGGUUUUAAUGUCGAGCGGUUCAAGUCCAAGUCGCUGGCGUUCACAGCCUUUGACAUGUCUGGCCAAGGACGUUACCGGAACCUAUGGGAACAUUAUUAUCGAGAAUGUCACGGCAUCAUCUUUGUGAUCGACAGUAGCGACAAACUUCGCAUGGUGGUAGCCAAAGAUGAACUCGAUGCACUCCUUCAACAUCCGGACCUGAAAAACCGCCGAAUACCCAUCCUUUUCUUUGCCAACAAGAUGGAUCUGAGAGAGUCCGUUUCGAGCGUGAAAUGUUCCAGUCUUAUGGGCCUGGAAAACCUAAGAGACAAACCCUGGCAUAUAUGUGCAAGUAAUGCGGUCACAGGUGAAGGUCUCAGUGAAGGAGUGGACUGGCUCACUGACCAAAUCAAGGAUCUUAUAGUCAGUCGGAAGAAAUAAAAAGGAUAUUAGUAUAGGUACUGCUAAAUCUUACUGUUUUUUUUUCUGUGACAGUUGAAAACACGCACUUUAAUUGCACGCAGGCCAAGUUUGCUGUUCAUACCAUAUCUAAUGUAGCUUCAUUUAUAAUCAUUUAAACAUUUUGGUUCUUUAGUUCUUAUACCUUAACACUUCAGAAUGCUUCUUGCUAUUAUCUUCUCCUAGUACAAGAAAAAUGCUGGCUCCUUGGGUAGAAAAACAAAGGCCAACAUUUCAGGAAGAAAUUUAUCAGAGAGGAAAGACACAUUAAACAGGACUACUGUUUUUAUAUAAUUUUAUACUCAUAGAAAUAUUUUAUAAAAUGGAGUUAUAUAAAUGUCAUUUAUUAAAGCCAUCAUAAAAAGCAUGCAAAUACAAAGGCCAAACAGUCAUUUUUGCACAAAAGUGUGUUGGCAUGUUAAUGAUUUAUAAGAACAUGGGCUCACUCUAGCUUGAAAUAAAUGGUUUUGUCUUAAGAAAGGGAAAAAUUAUUAAUAAAGUAGGCACUACAAAAUUAUCUUUUUAAAGUUUUGUUUAUGUGAACUUAUUCAAAUAAGUCUUUUUGAUUGCCUCAGUGUCAACUUCUCAACAUCAGUUGCCACCUUAUUUAGUGUUACUCUUAAGAACUUGACAUCAACGAGAGGUAUCUUUCAUAUUUUGCAAAUAAUAUUUUAAUUCAUAAAAAGAAUGGCCAGUUUUUAAAAUUUAAACAGAUUAAGAAUGGAUCUGUUAUAGCCAGUGCUUCUAUGCUACCCUGUUGGCUGGUUUGAAAACAAAGAUUAUUAAGAAUGUUUAACUCAAAAUAUCAGGUUGUGUAAUUGUUAAUAUUCAUCUCUUCAGUGACAAAACAUUUUGAUUGAGUUAGAAAAACUACCAGCUUAAUGUAUGAUCCAGGCAAGACAUUCCAGGACUGUAAAAAGUUUCAUGUCAAUGAUGGAAGGUUUUAUGGUAUAAAGAAUGUUUCAUCAUCACAUUUUUUCUUAUCUUGGGCCAAAUAAUAGGGAAAAUGCCAUUCUGCCAGUUUAUAUCUUUUAGUUUCCACCAGUAACAGAGGACAUUUAUCUUGUCCCAGACUUUGACCAUUGUCUCCUGCUUAAUACAUUAGGCCCCAGAUGUUCAGAAAUUGUGUCUAGAUUUUUAUUUUUCUUCAACUCUUGGUGCUAUAGCUGAAUUAGAGAUGUUAGAAUCAUGUAAGAUUUCUCACUUUUCACUUAUACUUUUAUCCAUUUAUCUUAUGAAAGGCAUGCUUUGUCUCCAUCAGAAUUUUCCAUGUUUGAAAAUGCUUACUCUAACAGACAUAUCAGAUUAAGAGCCUUAUACUUUGUGAAGUACAUACAAAUUGAUAUUAUGUAAAAUGCUGAUGCAUGAAUUUCUGUCGUUAUCAAGUUAAUAGGUAAAUAUUUUCUUGUUUAGCUUCCCAAUUGUAAAUUGUACAUUAUCAGGGUUACUGCUCUUUCAUGUUGUUUGCCAGUGAAGAUGUGUAACAACUUGAGGGUUGGUUUUUUUUUUUUUUUGUUACUUCUUUUUAGUAAUGAUGAAGUGGACUGUCACAAAAUUUGUCAGGCUUGAUUCAAACACUUUGAUGCAGAAUUUUUUUAAUUGAAAUAGUUCAUUUUUAAAGUGUUAUAGCAUAAAGGGUAACUAUUCUGGGGUUUGGUUUUUUUUUAAUUGCUGAAUGGGGAGUACUGUACCAAAAAUUUUUAAUGUUAUGAAGGAUUUCACAUUAUUAUCACCAUAUGAUUAUUUUUAUUUCCUUUAUCAUCAGAAAAGUUUAAUGUCAAAUGGGACAUGUAAGAACAAGGUCUUUUAUUAUUUCAAUAGCAAAAUCAUUCCAGUCUUUGGAUUGGUCUUUGUGGUGUGGGGAGGGGGUAAGUAGAUGGGUAGAUUCUUUGUGCAGCAUGCAGACUUUCAGGCAAGACCUGAAAGAAAGGAUCUUUUUUUCGUAGUUGACUGCAAGUCUCAGUGAACUUUUUUGGUGAAGAAUUAUUUGAAUUGUGAUAUAUUACCAUACCUGUUUAGACUUAUUGAGAAUUGUAUUUAGAUUUACCAUUUUUAUUGUUGUAGUGUGCUAUUUAGUUGGUUUUCAAUGGAGUGCUACAUGGUCUUUCUACAUCUACUGUCAUUUAACAGUGUGAGAUUCAGUUAUGCAGCAGUGAACGGUGUUUGUUGACGGACGACUUGUCUGUUCUGUCUGAAGAACCAAAGGAUAUAAUUGCUUGUACUUAAUGUGUGGUCUUACAUAAAAAAAACUAUUUUGAGAUACAAAAUCUCAGGGGUAAGGGGUUAAUUUUCAGUUAACCAGCCACAUUCAGUAAUAAUAACAGCUUAUUUAUAGUGAUGAAGACUUAUGUUAGUAUAAGGGUCAUUAAUUUGUAUUAAGAUAAUUUUUAAAUGCGAUUAACUUUCUUGGAAAGACAAUGAAUGCUUGUUUAUAAUUUUGAAUGAAUGCAUUGGAUUCUUUAUCUCAUUGGAAGUCUUUUUCUCUUUUGUCUUCCGCAGAAGUAGCUUCUUCUCAAAGAUUUAUCUUACUUAUGUGUAUGUAUGUGUACUGUUGUUGAUGUACCAUUAGUGCCAUGAGUCCAGCAUUCAGUCAACAGCCUAUUAUCUCUGACAUGGAAUUACACCUCUUCCUUCCUUGGUUUCUGCUUAUGUACUUUUCAUUUCUUUACAACUGGUAUGGUCUGCUCUACAGUAUCAUGCAACAGCAUCUUUCAUUAUUUUUCUUUUUAUGUUCUUUAGGUAACCAUUGUUACACCCUUUAUGACAUAUCCUUGAUUCUACACAAAAUCUUAGGCCUAGCCCUUUACACUUUGUUUCAUGGUUUUCUUGCCAUAACAUGGUCCAGUAGAAUUUUCUUUAGUGCAUGUGUGGUAUACUCCAGGUACAUAGUUAUGGUUUAAAGCUAUGUACAUGAAAUAUACCACACAUUUUUACCAUGCACAAAAUAUGAACUAAUGAUAAGCAACUCAGUCAAGACUGGGGUUUUUGGGGAGUUGUUUUUGUUCUUUGUUCUUGGGUAAUAUUGAAGGAAUGAUGUGUGCUGCUGCUAAUGGCUUUCCAUUUCACCCCAAGCAAAUUGGUUCUAAAGAUGUGUGGAAGCGGUCAGAUUAGUUUGGAGAUAAUGAAGUGAUUUUUCUUAUUCUCUGCUCUCAUUCAUAAGGAGGUACAUGCAUCUAAGCAGUUAUACCACACACACAAACACGCUGUACAAAUGAAGGCAGAUAGUUGAUCACAAUUAUUUAACUGACUGGUAAUGAUGAAUAUCAAAAUGUAAACCACAGUCUGUAUCAUAUCCAUGUGUGCAAAUGUAUAACAACUGGGUCAAUAAACAAAAAUUGCUAAGUUGCUAUACAGAUGAAAAACUG